GGUCACCAAAAACAUCAAGUCAGCAGCUCCAGUUUAUUUUAGAUUUUUUUGUAUAUCUUAAGACAAGACUGGGCUAGAUGGACAUUGUUGAAAUUGUGGACAGUGUGUCUUUGACCAACUUUGGUUAUCUCACUGGUGGAAGCUUCUUCUAGAGGACUUCUUGGUUUUUGCAGCAGUUGGACCAGGGGCUCAUGUGGCUGGAAAACCUGCUAAACGGAACUGAGCCCCAGCCUGAGCUGUGAACAGCGAGGGAAGAUAAAGAGCCUGGCUGAGGGAGGAUUGACAGAGCUGCUUGGCAUCUUGCUCGGAGUAGUGACAGAAGAGAGGACGAAGCAUCCUUUUCUCGGCUGGUAUUUUGGAGGAUUUGGAGGAGCUCCACGUGUUGAAUGCGGAAGAAGAUUUGAUCAUACCAACGCAGAUUGUUCCCUGUAACCAGGAUUGCCCUUCAAGCCAGAGGUUUAAACAGAUAUUUUUUUCACCAGUACAUUGCCCUACAUCUAGCAUGGGCACGCAAAGUCUUCUGGGCUGCCUUCUUCUGAUUACUUUGAUCAGCUUAUCAAAUGCUGGUCUUCUCAAGAAAAUCCUGCCCCAUCAACGACAGACUCUUUCUCCCCCUACAGAACACAAUGUCACCCUUCCCAGCGCAGGCCAGCCUGUGGUUUUCAGCCACAUUUAUAACAUCAAUGUUUCUGCAAGUUCCCUGUGCUCUGUGGACCUGGAGGCACCAGAGGACACACAGCACUAUCCCAAAGAAAUAGCAGCAGACCCUCCAGGCCACCAUGUCACCGAACAUACAGUCAAUGGGGAAAACCAGAUUGUGUUCACCCAUCGCAUCAACAUACCUCGGCAGGCCUGCAGUUGUACCGAUGACUUUCCAGGCUUGAAGGACCUCGUGAGCCGGCUGGAGAUGCUUGAAGGAGAAGUUUCAGCUUUGAGGCAUCAAUGCAGCAGUGAACAGCUUACAGGUGAGUUAGGAACAAAACCGUACUGCAACGGCCAUGGAAAGUACAGCGCUGAAACCUGUGGCUGCAUAUGUGAUCCUGGCUGGAAGGGACCCAACUGCACUGAGGCCGAAUGUCCAGCAAGCUGCCAUGACCGUGGCCUCUGUGUGGAUGGAAAAUGUGAGUGCUACAAGGGCUUCACUGGAGAAGACUGUGCCCUCAAGACCUGCCCUAUGGAUUGCAGAGCCCACAGUCAAUGUGUGGGAGGCAUUUGUGUCUGUUCGGAUGGUUUCUUUGGUGAAGACUGCUCGCAAAGCCGCUGCUUGAACAACUGCCUGGGCCGCGGUCGCUGUGAGGAUGGAGACUGCGUGUGUGAUGAACCUUGGACUGGCUUUGACUGCUCUGAACUCAUCUGUCCCAAAGACUGCUACGACCGUGGACGCUGUGUGAAUGGCACCUGCUAUUGUGAUGAAGGAUUUAGUGGGGAAGAUUGUGGAGAACAUUCUUGCCCCAAUAACUGCCGUGGCAAUGGUUUCUGUGUUGAUGGGAAAUGUGUAUGCACUGCGGGGUACAGUGGCAAAGACUGCUCUCAGCUAACCUGUCUGAAUGACUGUAAUGGCAGAGGAACAUGCUUUAAUGGGAUGUGCAUCUGUGAAUCAGGGUAUCAAGGUGAGGACUGCAGCCAGCUUGCAUGUCUGAAUAACUGCAACAACAGAGGUCAGUGCAUAAAUGGAAGGUGUUCUUGUGAUGUCAGCUUCCAUGGAGAUGACUGUUCUGAGCUUUCCUGUCCAAAUAACUGUCUGCAAAAGGGGCACUGUGUGAACGGGCAGUGUGUCUGCGACGAAGGCUUUGCCGGUGAAGACUGCAGCAUACGCACCUGCCCGUCAAAUUGCUACGGCCGUGGAGAGUGCAUUGAAGGACGUUGUGUGUGCCAUGUAGGCUUCGUCGGUGAGGACUGCAGUCAGCUGAGCUGUCCAAACAACUGCAGAAAUCGUGGCCGGUGCGUUGAUGGGCAAUGUGUUUGCGACGAAGGGUUUAGAGGAGAAGACUGCAGUCAGAAAGCUUGUCCCAAUGACUGCCUGGCACGGGGUUACUGUCUCAAUGGCAAGUGCAUCUGUCAGCAGGGCUACACAGGAGAUGACUGCUCUGUGAUCAUUUGUCUAGACUACUGCAACAACAGGGGGCGCUGCGUCGAUGGGAGGUGCAUAUGUGAGAUUGGAUAUGAAGGGGAGAGCUGUGCAGAACUGAGUUGCAUCAACAACUGCCAUGACAAAGGUCGGUGUGUCAGUGGUCAGUGUUUCUGUGAUGAGGGGUACAUCGGAGAAGACUGCUCCGAAGUGUCCCCUCCAAAGGACCUGACUGUUGGUGAGGUCAGCACAGACACUGUUGAUUUGUCUUGGAACAAUGAGAUGUUGGUCACAGAGUACGUCAUCACGUACGUUCCCACCAGUCCAGGGGGUCUCUUAAUGGACUUCAUUGUUCCUGGAGAUAAAACUGCUGCCACCAUUAAAGAGCUUGAACCUGGCAUUGAGUACCUGAUCAGCGUCUAUGCUGUCCUGAGCAACAAAAAGAGCAUUCCUGUCAGCGCAAGAGUCGCUACAGAUCUCCCACAGCCAGAAGGUUUGAGAUUCAAAUCAGUAAGAGAAACCUCUGUAGAGGUUGUCUGGGACCAGCUGGACAUUUCCUUUGACAAUUGGGAGAUUUAUUUUCGCAACACGAAAGAAGAAAAUGGAAAUGUUGUUAGUACCCUUCCAACCUCCCAAAACGAGUUCCUCCAGUCUGAGCUUGGACCAGGACAGGAGUAUGAGGUCUCCCUCAACAUUGUAAAGAACAACACCAGAGGACCCCAAACAUCCAGAACUGUCACCACCAAGACUGAUGGUCCCGGGCAGGUGGAGGUGAAGGAUGUCACGGACUCCUCGGCUCUGAUCACCUGGUUUCUGCCGGUGGCUCCGGUGGACAGGAUCACCUUGUUUUAUAUGCCCAGCUCUGACCCAUCAGAUGAAACCACAGUGGACGUUUCCCCACCAGACAAACAAUACAACAUAGACAGUCUAAGACCAGACACAGAGUAUAUUGUGUCGAUUAUCUCAAGGCGUGGAGAGACAACCAGUGACCCUGCCACUACAACGUUUACUACAGGACUGGAUGCCCCCACAGGCGCGCAGGCUGUGUCUCAAACCGAUGACAGCAUCACUCUGGAGUGGACCAACAGUCAAGCUGAUGUCAGCAGUUAUCGAGUGAAAUACAGCCCCAUCUCUGGUUCCACUCAUGGUGAGAGAGCCUUCCCACGAGGAUCGGGACACACCACGCAGGCCACCAUCACCGGGCUGAAGCCAGGCACAGAGUAUGGGGUGGGUGUUACAGCUGUGAAGAAUGAAAGGGAGAGCCUCCCUGCAACUACAAAUGCAGCAACUGACCUUGAUCCCCCCAAAGAUUUCAAAGAAGUCAGGUCCACAGAGACGUCUCUCACCGUCAGCUGGCAGAAACCUCAGGCUAAGGUCAGUGGCUACAGGCUGACGUACAUGCCCAGAGAUGGCCAGGCUGAAGAGGUGGAGAUCCCAUCUUCUGCAACCACAUACGUUCUGUCCAACCUGAUUGCGGGUAUGAACUACACACUCACUUUGGCUGCAGAGAGGGGACACAAGAGGAGCAGGCCUAUCUACCUGUCAGCAUCCACAGCCACUUUCACUUUUUAUUUAGCAGCCUUGGACGACCAUGAACAAAGGCCUGUUACUGUCUCAGAGGACAAUGUUGGUAGCUCUGUAAUUUUAGACCCACCUGAGUCCCAGAUUUCUGAGACAGAGCCCGAGGACGAGCAUGGACAGCCAACUGUCUCGGACAUUGCAUCUGAUGGAUUUGACCUCUCUUGGAAGCUAAAAACUCACAGUGCCUAUGACAAUAUUGCUGUUCAGUAUAAGGACACUCAGAGAUUAUGGAAUGGGAGAGAGGUUCAACCUGCUGGAGAUUCCCAUGUGGCUAGAAUCAGUGGCCUGAAGCCAUCAGCAGAAUAUCAAACUGAGUUGUUUGGAAUAAAGAGUAGCCAGGGACCCGCACAACAUGAAGCUGUUGCAGUGACAGCACCUCCAGAUAUACUUGCACUGAGCAUCAAAGAAGCCCCAACAACCCAGUCUGCUGAGGAGGAAGAGUACAUUGAACGUGUUGACAAUGUUAACAAUGAAGCACCUUCUGAUAAUGAUGUGAUGAUCUCUGGGACCGAGCCUGAAAGCUCGGGCAUGGAGCUCCUAACCGACCUCGCGGUCAAUGUUACUGCCACAAGCAUGAGCCUGACGUGGUCGGCGCCUGAUGAAGUGUUUGGCAGCUUUUUGGUGGAGCUUGUUGCUCCGUUAGCCGCAGCAGCGCAGCUUCAAGUGAUCACAUUACCUGGAAGUUUUAGGAAGGCCAAAAUAGAAGACUUGUUGCCCUCUACACUCUAUGAAAUAACACUGCUUGGGCUGAUGGAAGGGAAUCGAUCUUUACCUCUCAGAGUUUUUACUACAACAGCGGGGCUGGAGCCAAUGCUAGGGAACCUCAUCAUUUCUGACAUUACAUGGGACAGCUUCACAGCAUCCUGGAGCCCCACAGGGGGGGACUUUGACAGCUUUGUCAUUGAGGUAACAAACAUGGAGGAUUUUUCAGAGAGACAGAACCUCACUCUAUCUGGAGACGCUUCGAGCCUGGUCAUCUCUGGAUUGAAUCCCAAUACCAACUACAUGGUUGGCUUGUAUGGGAUGCAUCAGGGUUCCUUCCUAGAACCCCUGUACAGUGAAGCCACAACAGUUAUUCAACCAGUGGUUGGCAAACUGUAUGUCUCAAACUUAACAUCCGAAAGCUUUACAAUCCACUGGAACAGUACUCAAAGGCAGUUUGAUGGUUUUGUCCUGGAGAUAAUUGACUCAGACUGGCUCCUGGAGCUAAAGGAGUAUAACAUAUCUCAUAAUGUAACGUCCCAUGACGUCACAGGGCUCAGGCCCAGCACUGAUUACAUAGCCUACCUCUAUGGGACAUACAAGGGAUCCCGAACAGGAGCUGUCAGUAUUGUUGCAUCAACAGCGGAGGAGCCCGAUUUGUCCAGGCUAGUUGUUUCUAACAUUACCUCAGACAGAUUCUCUCUGUCGUGGCGAACAAGAGAGAAGGAAUUUGAUAAGUUUAUAGUUGAAGUCAGGGAGUCUGCAUUGCUCUCGCAGGCGAUGGGCCGCACUUUGCCAGGAGAAGUUCGCUCCACAGUAAUGGCUGGGCUUAAAGCGAACACAAGCUACAACAUAAAGCUUUACGCCAGUGAAGUUGGCAGACAGAACACACAGCCUCUCCUGGCUGUAGCUACAACAGAGGACGUCCCACAGCUGGGGCCGAUAGUCACUUCGUCUGCUAGCCCCCAUUACCUCAGCUUGCAUUGGAACACAUUGUCAGGCCACUUUGAUGGCUUUGUUAUCCAGGUCAGUGACUCGGAGCAGCAGUCUGAUACUCUGGAGUUCAGGCUGCCGGGUGAAGCCCGUACCAUUUCAGUCCCUAACCUGAUGGAUGACACAGGCUACAAUAUUGAAGUGUACGGUAUUUCUCAUGGCCGUCGCACUCCCUCUGUAUUCGUCCAUGCUCUCACAGCUCCUUUACCUAAAGUGGAAAACUUGACCAUAUCCAACGUAACCCCCUACGGUUUCAGAGUGUCCUGGGAAGUGAGGCAGCAGCUGCAGCAGCAGGACGAGUUAUCCCCCUCUGGUGGCGGUUUUAGCCACUUUCACAUAGUGGUGACAGACUCAGGCUGGCUGUUGGAGCCUCAGGAGUUCACUGUGCCAGGAGAUCAGAGUCACCUGGACAUCUGGGGCCUCAUCACCGGCAUUGGCUAUGAGGUCAAGCUAACCGGGGUGUCUGAGUCGGGGCUUCUCUCUCGGCCCCUGACUACAGUGGCUGUGACAGAGGCUGAGCCGGAGGUGGAGCAUCUCUUCAUCUCAGACAUCACAGCCGAUGGUUUCCGCCUGUCAUGGGCGGCCGAUGAGGACCUGUUUGAUAGAUUUGUAAUCAAAAUAAGAGACAGUAAAAGAUUAGCUCAUCCGCAGGAGUACAAAGUCCAUGGCAGUGACAGGACAAAGAUCAUAACUGGGCUCAUGAGUGGCACUGAGUAUGAAAUUGAGCUUUAUGGCCUCACAGUGGACCAGCGUUCCCAACCUAUAACAGGGGUUGCUCAGACAGGUCUGAGUGCUCCAAAAGGACUGCAUUUCACCGAGGUGACGGACUCUACAGCGGUAGUGCACUGGUCCAUUCCUCGCUCUCCAGUGGAUAACUACAGGAUCACCUAUGUGCCCUUUGAAGGAGGAAGCCCAUUGAUUGUGACGGCAGAUGGCAGCGUGUCUGAGACGCUGCUGGUCAAUAUGUUUCCUGGAAAGACCUACCAAGUGACUGUGAGUUCUCUGAAGGGUCUGGGGGAAAGCGAGCCCAGCACAGGCACUGUAACCACAGCUUUGGACAAUCCCCGGGGUCUGACUGCAGUCAAUGUCACAGACACGUCGGCUUUGCUGUUGUGGCAGCCAUCCAUAGCCAAUGUUGAUGGCUACGUCAUCACCUACAGUGCCGAUGCAGUCUCCCCAGUGGUGGAGCAUGUUUCUGGGAACAUAGUGGAGUUCCAGAUGAACACCUUGGUUCCAGGAUCUCUCUACACUGCUGGGGUUUAUGGUACGAAGGAAGCUCAGAGGAGUGCAUCCACUGUUACUAAAUUUACCACAGACGUGGACCCUCCUCGGGACCUGAUGGCUGUUAAUGUUCAAACUGACAGCGCCACACUGACGUGGAAACCCCCUACUGCUGCAGUCACUGGCUAUGUGCUUACGUUCUUCCCUGCUGAUGUUGUAAUCAAAGAGGUAAUGCUGAGUCCGACAGCAUCCUCUUACAGCAGGUCCCAGCUUAAUGGCUCUACAGAGUACAAUGUCCGCCUCCAGGCCAUCGCUGGAGCUCAGAGGAGUCGCUUCGUAACCACCACCUUUUCCACCAUUGGACAGUUGUACGCUCGCCCGUCGGACUGUGCUCAGAUUCUGAUGAAUGGGGAGACCACCUCUGGCCUGUACACCAUCUAUAUAGGAGGGGAGGAGAGCCAGCCCAUUCAGGUUUACUGCGACAUGACCACAGAUGGUGGAGGAUGGAUGGUUUUCCUCAGGCGCCAGAAUGGAAAGCUGGAAUUCUUCAGGAACUGGAAGAACUACACAGGUGGCUUCGGGAACAUGAAUGAUGAGUUUUGGCUGGGUCUAUCCAGCCUCCAUAAAAUCACAUCUUUGGGACAUUACGAACUCAGGGUGGACUUGAGAAAUAAUGGAGAAUCAGCCUACGCGCAGUAUGACAAGUUCUCAGUUGCAGAGCCAAGAACGCGAUACAAAGUCUACUUAGGAGCCUAUAGUGGAACAGCAGGUGACUCCAUGUCCUACCAUCAGGGCCGGCCCUUCUCUACCUAUGACAAUGAUAACGAUAUUGCUGUGACCAACUGCGCCUUGUCCUACAAAGGAGCCUUCUGGUAUAAAAACUGCCAUCGCGUAAACCUAAUGGGGAAAUAUGGUGACACCAGUCACAGUCAGGGGAUAAACUGGUUCCACUGGAAGGGCCACGAACACUCAAUCGAAUUUGCAGAGAUGAAGAUUAGGCCAUCCAACUUUAAAAACUCUGAGAGCCGAAAAAAGCGAUCCUAAACUCCUGAAACUGCCACCCCCCUGCCCUUCUGUCCCUGCACCUUAGCUCUGUCUCUGAUGAGUGCCCCCGUGCUUUAAAAUCACUCUCUGAGAUACACACAAACCAGCAAUUCCAGCAGUUCCAGUAAUUCCAGUAAUUUACUGGAAUCCAAUACUGGGUUUUACAAGAUAACCUGGUAAAAAUCACAUCAAAGACUUGGUCGACAAUAAAUCUUUUCUAGUUCUCCUAAUGUGGCACUGUCAUGUGAUUUGCUCCCAAAUAAAGAAGAUGUUGAUGUGUCGUCUUGUAAAUGAACAAAAAUGUGUUUUGGGAAACAAGCAACUACAUAAGAGUAUAAAUCUGUGGUAAAAGAUCCACUAGGUCUGUGACUUUUUACAUCCCCUGCUGUACCCCAGUGACAAUGUUUGUCAAAUUAAAGUCUCAAUUUAAAAAGCAUAAAGAUCCAUUUUAAUGAUCAUAAAUUAGGUGUUUAUCAUAUAACCACUCACCAACGUGCUUGCUGUUCAUAUUUAAAUUCUGAUUUGCUUUUUUGAUUAAAAAAGGCAGCAUCUGGUGCUCUGUAUACUAAUAAAAAGGUUUGUUUGGUU